AAGGAAAUAAACCGACAAUUAGAAAAGGCAAGUCCAAGUGGCGAAACAAGUGCAGAUAUUACCGAACAAAAAGGGGCAGAAACUAGCCCAAGCCAAGGAGAAAAUUUACCCACGGAUGCGUCAUCACCCCAAGGAAUUAAAAAAAAAUAG